UGGAAUUUAGAAUCAAGCUAUACCUGCAGGCGGUGCCGUUUAAUUCACACGUCCCUAAUUUCCUAUACCUUGUACAAGUUUGUCCGGCACUUUCUUUCCUAGUUUUUUACUCUCUUUAUAUGCUUAACAAACACAUCAGAAGGUCCACCUCAAAAUUCUAACCACAUAAAUAUUAGUAUCGAUCCGAUCGGUGAUCGAUAUACUCAGAAAGCGUUAAACUUGACUCCAUUGGGUGAGUGAUACGAUGGCGUAUGCCGUGCCGAUGCCUGGGGUUGGGCCGAGUGCUCAGCCUCUGCAAACCCCGUUGACGGUGGUCAGCCCGCAGUUCCUAGCAACCUACCCCGUGGAUCUGAUCAUCACAGAGAAGAUGAUGUCGAUCAAGGAAGGUGCUUUCACUGUGUCAGACAUCAAUGGAAAUCUCAUGUUCCAGAUCAAAGGCUCCUUGUUCAGCUUGCACGAUCGUCGAACUUUGCUCGACAACGCCGGCACUCCUAUUGUCUCAUUCCGACAAAAGAUAUUGACGGCACAUAGGAGAUGGCACGUAUUUAGAGGAGACAGUUCAGACACCAAAGAUCUACUCUUUAGUGUCAAAAAGGCAUCCCUUCUCCAAAUGAAAACAGAAUUAGAUGUGUUCUUGGCUGGUAAUACUAAUGAACAAGCGUUCGAUUUCAAGGUCAGAGGAAGCUGGGGGGAAAGAGCCUGUACCAUCUAUGAUAGAAACAACACUAUCAUUGCACAAAUGCACAAGAAACAUGAUCUUAAAAGUAUGUUCUUUGGGAGAGAUGCGUUUGCGGUGACUGUGUAUCCUCAUGUUGAUUACACCUUUGUAGUUGCCAUUGUGGUUGUCCUUCAUGAGAUCAACAUGGACAGAAGUGGGCAAGACUGAUGAUGCUUGAUGCAUUGAUGAUCCUCUUUUUUCUACUUAUAUAUAUUGAUAAGAAUAAGUGAUUUCCCUUAUUGUCACUGAAUCAGUGAACUGUGUAGCUAUGUACUUAUAUUUUGUGUUCUGGCUUCGGGCCAUCUAGUACAAAUGAAUAAAUUAUAUGGAUCUUUAUAAGUUACAGAAUGUUGUAAGUUGACUUGAUCUACUUUCCCCUAUUUAUAAGAUCUGUAAUUGACUGAAGUUCUUUCUUUA